GCGGUCCCACAGGUACUGAGUGGACAGAGGCGCCUGCAGGGCCAGAGAAAACAUGGAGAGGAACAGCACCGGCUCCACAGACACCGGGCAUGUAACCCUAAACGGUGGUCGUACGAAGCCGGUGCUCGCUACUUCGGCCUCAUGUUUGUGGUCCCCAUAGUCGUGUGUCUCCUCGUCCGUGGCGGUAAGCACGUCCCCGGGAAGAAUCGCUGCGGUGUCCGGCUCGUCCAUGUCCAGGCAGCGUAACAUUAACCGUGUAUAGGAAUUACAUUGUGAUAGUCCUUACACCUCUUUUACUUCUUCCUCUGCCCCUGAUCAGCGCAACCUCGGAGGCAAAAUGUGGUUAUGUAAUUAUCCUCAUGGCGCUGUACUGGUGCACGGAGUGUAUCCCUCUGGCUGUGACCGCCCUGCUGCCCGUCAUCCUCUUCCCCAUGAUGGGCAUCAUGGAAUCAAACGAGGUUUGUAUCCAGUAUCUGAAAGACUCCAACAUGCUCUUUAUUGGUGGGCUGCUGGUGGCCAUUGCUGUUGAGCAUUGGAACCUGCACCGGAGAAUCGCCCUUCAAGUGCUGCUUAUUGUGGGGGUGAAGCCAUCUCUUCUGAUGAUCGGUUUCAUGGGCACCACAGCCUUCCUAUCCAUGUGGAUCAGUAACACGGCCUCCACAGCCAUGAUGCUGCCCAUCGCCAACGCUGUGCUGCAGCAGCUGUGUGACACAGAGGCCAACGCUGAAGAGAGGGAGUUUAACAUGGCUGCUGCAAAGAAUGGUCUGGAUAACCAGGCGUUUGAGAUGGGUGAUGCCAAAAUGAGCAAAGAACUCCAAUCAAAGGAAAACACCAUCAAUUUGGAUGCAGAUAAAGAUGACAGCAAUGGCAUAAUAUCAAGUCUAGAGGCCCAGCAGCGCAGACUGAAGACUGAGCAGAAGUAUACGAAGCUGACGAAAGGCAUGAGUCUGAGUGUUUGUUACGCUGCCAGCAUCGGUGGGACGGCCACCCUCACCGGAACAACACCCAACGUCAUUAUGAAAGGCCAGAUUGAUGAACUCUUUCCAGAUAAUGGAGGCGUAAUCAACUUUGCAAGCUGGUUCGGCUUCUCCUUCCCCAACAUGGUGCUAAUGCUCGUCUUGUCUUGGUUGUGGCUGCAGUUUAUUUUUCUAGGCUUCAACCUUAAAAGCACAUUUGGAUGUGGCACCAAGAAAGAAGGAGACAGGGAGGCGUUCCAGGUAAUCAAAGAUGAGUACAAAAAGUUGGGCAGGAUGAGCUUCGCUGAGGGUUGUGUGCUGACCAUCUUCACGUUGCUGGUUGUUCUGUGGUUUACCAGGGAACCUGGGUUCAUACCCGGCUGGGCCACUGUGCUCUUCAACAAAGACAAAACGUACGUCACAGACGGCACCGUGGCCAUUUUAAUGUCAGCACUAUUCUUCUGCAUCCCAUCUAAACUGCCAAGAUGCUGCGGGAGGUCAGAGGAUGGGGCCUCUUCUGAAGCCCCUGCAGCUCUGCUUAAUUGGGACGUUGUCCAUGAAAAGAUGCCUUGGAACAUUCUUUUGCUUCUGGGAGGAGGUUUUGCAUUGGCACAUGGAAGUGAGAAAUCUGGACUUUCUUUGUGGCUUGGAGAAAGUCUCAUACCGCUGCAGAGCAUCCCUCCUUUUGCCAUCUCCAUCCUGCUGUGCUUGCUGGUGGCCAUGUUUACUGAAUGUUCCAGCAACACUGCCACCACCACUCUGUUCCUGCCAAUACUGGCCUCAAUGGCCACCGCCAUCAAGAUACACCCACUGUACGUCAUGUUUCCCUGCACCAUCUCUGCCUCGCUGGCUUUCAUGCUGCCCGUAGCCACUCCACCCAACGCCAUCGCCUUCUCCUACGGCAACCUCAAAGUCCUAGACAUGGCCAAAGCUGGAUUCAUUCUGAACAUUCUUGGAGUCAUAACCAUCAACAUUGCCAUUAACACGUGGGGGGUGGCCAUGUUCAAUCUGAAUGAAUUUCCCAGUUGGGCCAAUGUCACCAAAACUCCUUGAAAGUGAACUCAGGAAAAUGGAAACGGGGGAAAAACUGGUGGAUAUGAACAAUGUCUGAGUAUUAGGAUUUCACCACUGGAAGAUUUGGCAGGCAAGUGUAUGGUAUACAUGGUACUUUUAUUGAAAGCUCCAGUAUACCCGGGCCAACGCAGUUUGAUGUUGAGGGGUUCUUCAGACUUAUAUCCUCCCUCAUAUUGUGAGGCUCUUCAGAAACCAACAUGUUUACAAGAAACAUUAAAGUACCUUCUUUUGAGUUAAUGGCAUCUAGAUUGAUACUCUCAUGGACUGUCAUUCAAGCAGAGUUUGACCUGGCAGACCUGAUAUUUAAAAAGUGUUAAUGCAAGCAAAUGCCAGUCUUGUUUGCUGCGAGAAAUGUCAUAUUCUGAGUUGUCUUUGUAUCUGUAAUUAGCAGCGUUACACUAACCUAAAAUAAAACUAUUAAACAAAAAUGUAAACAACAUAACGAAAACUUCAAUAAUUUUGUUAACUAUUUGCAUACUUAAAUAUCACUGUGUACUACUUUUGACUAUUUUUCCUUAUGGCUGUUGUGCCAUGUCUGUCUGAGUUUUGAGAGAACUGUAACUAUCUAUAAUUUCUCAGUUGGUUUCUUAGAGAAAACUAUAAUCAUUGUAUUCCAUUAAGUCAAAUCAAAUCAAAUCAAGUUUUAUUUAUAUAGCACAUUUAUAUACGAUUUUUGGUCGAGCCAAAGUGCUGUACAUAUAAUAAAAAUAGCCUACAGUAGAGACACUUUACAGCAAAUACAACAGCACAGAUUGUUCAGAAUAUCAGUAUGAGAAAAACGACACCCUCUAUCCUUAGACCCUCACAUCGUACAAGGAAAAACUUCCAGAGAAAACCCACAGUUUAAGGGGAAAAAAUGGGAGAAACCUCAGGGAGAGCAACAGAGGAGGGAUCCCUCUCCCAAGUCAGUCGAACUUAUCAAUGUUGUCUUAAACAACAGAAUAUUCAGAUUCCAAGAAAACCAGUCGGAGCACUAGAUGCUGCCGUUUUUGAGACUGAUACAUUUAUUGAUGGGAUAAAUCUCAUUACCAUCCAUAGGAUUAGGGACACUGGGUACUUUAUUGAUGUAAAGAGAGCCAGAGGACAGAAAGAUUAAUCCCUUCAAACGGUCAAUGCUGGAGAAAUACAAAAGGAUUGAAGUUAAGAGAAAUCAAUUAUAGGAAACUGAUUAAAAACAUUUCAUUGAAAUUGUUGGCAGGGGUCCACAUAUCUGCUGUAUGUGGAGAGCAAAAAGGAUUUCAAAAUGCUAUAACUACAGUAUACAGAGGUCAAAGGAGUAAGCAAUCAUGAAAUACAAAACAUUUUAGUUUAAUCUAGCAACCAUUAUGUUGGUCCAGACUGAAAGACGACAUCAUUCAAAGGGAAACUAUCAGUCUAUUUGAACUGGUUCUCGCACUAAUGGAAGGUGCUUGUGAUCGGAGGUAAGACAACAUCAUUAUGUCAUGAUAUCUUUGUAUUGUCUUAUUCACUAUUUUGGUCUCUGUCCAAGUUUGUGAUUUGUAAGUUUAAAUAGACGAAGGCUGUAUAAUGCUGCAGUACAUUCUCUCUGCUGGUAGUUCAGGUGUUUCAUUAAUAAUUGGUAUUUGGUUACUGAGAAUGUGCAAGAGGUGUUUUUAGUGAGACGAUGCAUCUGCAGUUAUCAUACUUUGGAAAUCUUUACCACCUGACUGUACUGGGCAUCUCUGAACAUGUUUUUUAAUAAAGAACCUGAAUCUGUAA